GACAGAUCACCAGCUCAUCAGAUGCCAUCGUAACCAAGAGCCCAGAGGACCAGAGAACCACCCAGGGCGGUGUCAGCACAGCACUUCCCCAGCAAGAUGCUUGCCACCAAUGCGAGGAUUGGGCAGCUAAAUGUCACCUGUUCCAGCUCAGUGGACACAGAAGUCUUCCUCCAUUACUCCCUCAUCCCAUCACUCUUCAUCAUCUUGGUAUUGUCUUUCCUGCAAAGACGAGGGCAUCGUAGGCAAAGAGACGGCAUGUUCCAUCUCCUGGGGAACCACUUUGGAGUCAUCAUGCCUCUGGACUUCGUGGGAACUUUCAGUAACCGAUGGUCCUAUGGAAUUGCCUUUGGGGCCACAGCCAAUAAGGUCAUGUUCUUGUUCUCAGAAGGCUACCAACCCCUGCAGGUCCCGAAGUGGGCCAAAGCCUUUAUACUUCUGGUUGGAGGCAUGGAAAUUGGCCUGUCCCACUUCCCCUUCUUUGCCUGCCUCUCCUCGGAGUUCCAGCUGGUCAGCUCCGUCCUGGGCUUUGGCUACACGCUGACUUGGUUUGCUGUCACUGUCUUUCAGAUCUCACAGUGUCCCCACGGGCAGUUUCUGGGGAGAUAUGAGACCCUUGUGUUCUACUGGCCUUCCCUGAUGUGCCUGGGGUUCCUGAUGGGCCGUUUCCUGCACAUGUUCUGGAAGGCUCUGAAGGUCCAAUUGGGCCUGGAGUCCCAGGCGGAAGAGAAGCCAGUGCUGGAGACCCACCAGGCAGAGCACGUGAAAAGGCUGCUGAGGAAGGCUGACCUCCAAGAGAGAAAAAAGUCCUGGUUCCAAGCCAGGGUGUAUGAGUGGGACCCAUGCUUCCAGUUCCCCAGCCGGAUGAUUGGGACCCUAGUGCUGGCUGCCAUCUGCUUGUACCUUUUCAUCGUCAUUGAGUUCUGCAUGUUUGUGUACAUGAGAGACAAGCUGGAUGUGUUUGAAGACAAACUGGAGAGCUACUUCACCUACAUGAAUGAGACAGGGACCUUGACCCCAGUCAUCCUACAAGUGCAAGAGCUGAUCAGUGUCACUAAAGGAGUCUGGGUGGUGACUAUUGUGCCUGCCUCUCUCACGUGUGUCAGCUACCUCUUCCACAUUUUAGCCUGUUACAGAAAGCACAUGAAGAGGCUGUGGGCAGGAGACAAGCACUUCCUCCCUCUGAAGUUCCACACUCCUUCCUCAGCAGACAGCGUGGUGGCCAUUGCAAGGUACUCUGGCUGGCAGAUAGCCUACAUCCUAUGGGGUUACCUCAUUAUCCAUGUGGUGCAGAGCCUAUGCGGUGUGAUGCUCAUGUAUAGCCUAGUGCUGCCCAUCACUCACCACCAAGGCCUGGAGAUGCUGCAAGGGCUGGGCCUUGGGCUCCUCACUGUGUCCAUUGUCGUGGGCCUCAUGGUCCUGCAGAUGUGGAUUGCUGCCAGCUUCUUCUUGCAGCCCAAGCUGGGCACUGCUGACAAGCAGAAGCCCUUGGCUCUCAACAACAGGAGAGCCUUCCACAACUUCAACUACUUCCUGUUCUUCUACAACGUGCUGCUGGGCCUGGGUGCCUGCCUUUCCAGGCUGCUCAUCAGCUGCCUUCUGGGGACAUGGUUGAUCGCUCGCAUUGACAGGACCAUUAUGCAGAGUGGCUAUGAAGGCACGGACAUGGGGUUCAGUGCAUGGAUCGGCAUGCUCUAUGUGGACCAUUAUCACACCAACCCUGUGCUGGUUAGCUUUUGCCACAUCCUGAUCACAAGCCACAGAGAGAGGAAGCUGCAGAGGAAUCUCAAAUACCAAUCUGCAGGUCCCUGCAUCUCAGCUAGGUCCAGAACGAGGUGGCUCUUGCUGCAGACACUGGUCAACAACCCCAGGCUUAUCAUGCACAGAAAAUCAAAAUCUGGGCACAGUUCCCAGGAGUUCACCCAGAUUCUGCUGACACGCCCAGAUUGCUGACCCAGCCACCAACAUCUGCUCCAAGGCCAGUCCAGGCCAUGUGCUCCAGAGAGAAGGCUCAGUUCAACAGAUGUUCCCUGCAGAGAGGCAGGAUGGCACAGCCAUUGUCCAUGCACAUGACAGCACUGGCCACUCCUGGGAUGGCCACCUGGACCAAGGGUUGAGGUCUAGGACUAUUUCAUUCCCCUGGCAAAAACAAAAGAAAAAAACUGAAAGAAAUGUUUGAGGAACAAACUUUGCCCAUCAGUGACCUCCUCUGUCCCCUGUGAGUAGGUAGCCAUGAGGGUCAUCAGUUAGGAUACAUGAAGUGGGGGCUGUAGAGAUGACUUGGGGGUUAAACACAAUUGUUGCUGUUCUUAGAGAGCCCUAGUUUGGUUUCCAGCACCUACCUGAGGCAGGUCACAAAUGCCUAUAACAACCGUCAAGGGAUCUGAUGCCCUCUUCUGACCUCUGUGAACAGUCCCCCACCCUCCACACACACAUGUGGUGUACACAUAUACAUAAACAAAAAUAAUAAAAGUAAAUUUCUUUAAAAGUGUUUAAAGUCACCAAGCAUGAUGGUACACGCAAUCCCAGUACUCAGGAGGCAGAGGCAGGCAGAUCUCACUGAAGCUAGCCUGUUUACAUAGUGAGUUCCAGGACA